GCGAGUCGCGAGCUGCGAGCAGCUCCAAACACUUUGGAGCAGUUCCGUUGCAAACCGUUGCACGAGCGGUUUCUGUGUGGUGGUCCCCUUUUACCCUGUCACUGAACAAUUUCGGAACCCGGCCAGCGCAAGGGAAUAAAAACAAACGGCACUCGCGUCAUAAUCAAAUAAAUUCUUCACGAGUCACGGCUCGAGUCCCAUACUUCGGUACCGUUCGAGUUUAAGGAUCAAGAAGAGGAACCAGAGAGGAGAGUGCGAAAAAGGGAAGGAUACGGAGGAAGAGAGGGGGAGAGUGCGAGGAGAGAGAGAGAGAGAGAGAGGGAAAGGGAAAGAAAGACGGAGAGGCGCUGAGAAGAAAGCACGGAGAGAGAGAGAGAGAGAGAGAGAGGAAGCUACAUGAAUAAAAAACAAUAAAGGACAGUCAAGUUAUUCCCUGAUUUUCAUAGCUACUAUUUUUGUUUACCUACGACUACCAUUCACUGUUCUUUCAUCAUUUUUCUUUUAUUCGGCCAAUAGCUUUAUAUACUCUGGAGUAUAAUAAAAGGGAGCUUCUCCUCCCGUUGCGUCCUUGAGGACCGUCAACGUUGCGUGUCUCGUGAAAUCAACGUCGCGACCGACACGAGAUCUCUAAGCUCUCUCAUGCCAAUGAUUACAAGAAGUCAUCGUAUCCUCAGUGAAUUUAUAGUUCAUUUAUACGUUAAUUAAACGAAGCACCAGCAUAAUCCGUCGGGGGGUCGUGUAACGUGUUGGAUCUAUAUAACGGAACACCUGUAACCCUGAAGCUGCUGCUAAGGAACGGCUCGCUGAAACGAUCCGCGAGCCUGAAAAUUCGAGACGGCCGUUGACGAUGUCGCCGAAUGUCACAACGAGGAUAACCUGAUUAUUCUUCAACGUGCAUGGUAAAGUGUCAGUAUCAGGCAGCCGUCGAAUAUGCAGCGGGAACGUCCUAGCACAGGGAGCGUAUAAUUGGCGAUCGCAGAUUUGAGCCGUUUGACAUUAUAGAGACAUAUGGAAAGUGCGAGCGCGCCGAGCGAGCGAACCUUGGUUAUGACGGCGAAGUCGGGAGGUUCGCGAGUGAGAGCUUUGAGUAACUAGCGAACGCGAAAGGAGUUCGCCCCGAGCGAAGACUUGAGGACGCGAGUGGAGCUGGAGGAUGACGGCGACGAUGAUCCGCCGUGGCGAGUAGCAUCGUCGGUGAGAACUCGCGACGGUGGCUUCGUGUGUUGUGCCACCAGGAGGAAGAACGAACUUGAUCGGCAUUACGUAGACGGGAGAUAAUGCCGGCGAUAUUGACCAGGCAACAUCCAUUGGCCAUGUCGAACCAGACUAGAGGUGUUGUGCGACUGCGGAUACAAUCGCCCAGGAGCAUCAGUACACAGAUGGUCACCGCCCUGUUGCUGAUACUGCUGAUGCUCACCGUCCUACCUCAAGAGUGCUCGUGCGGCCAGCACGAGAAACGUCUGCUCAACUAUCUACUGGCGAAUUACAACACUCUGGAGCGACCAGUAGCCAAUGAGAGUGAACCUCUCGAAGUCAGAUUUGGUAUCACGUUACAACAGAUCAUCGACGUGGACGAGAAGAACCAAAUACUCACCACGAAUGCAUGGCUGAAAUUGGAAUGGCACGAUUACAAUCUGAUGUGGAACGUGUCCGAGUACGGCGGCGUGCAGGAUUUACGAAUAACACCGAACAAACUGUGGAAACCGGAUGUCCUUAUGUACAACAGUGCGGAUGAGGGUUUCGACGGGACGUACCAAACAAACGUGGUGGUCUCGAAUAACGGCAGUUGCCUGUACGUCCCCCCGGGCAUCUUCAAGAGCACAUGCAAGAUAGACAUCACUUGGUUCCCCUUUGACGACCAACACUGUGACAUGAAGUUCGGAUCCUGGACCUACCACGGCAACCAGCUCGAUCUGGUACUCAACUCGGAGGACGGAGGUGACUUGUCCGAUUUCAUCAUGAACGGAGAAUGGUACCUGAUCGGUAUGCCAGGUAAAAAGAACACAAUCAUGUAUCAGUGCUGUCCCGAGCCGUACGUCGACGUGACAUUCACAAUCAAGAUACGCAGACGGACUUUGUACUACUUCUUCAAUCUGAUAGUACCGUGCGUACUGAUAUCAAGUAUGGCGCUUCUUGGAUUCACCCUCCCGCCGGAUUCCGGCGAGAAGCUCACCCUAGGAGUCACCAUUUUGCUGUCGCUGACAGUCUUCUUGAAUCUCGUCGCGGAGAGCAUGCCUACCACUUCGGACGCCGUUCCGUUAAUAGGAGUGACCAUCUUGCUAUCGCUGACGGUGUUCCUGAAUCUCGUCGCCGAGACCCUGCCCCAGGUCUCCGACGCUAUACCCUUGUUAGGAACGUAUUUCAAUUGCAUCAUGUUCAUGGUGGCUAGUAGCGUUGUCCUUACCGUCGUCGUCCUCAACUAUCAUCACAGAACGGCCGACAUACACGAAAUGCCACAAUGGAUCAAGACGGUAUUUCUACAAUGGCUACCGUGGAUCCUGGGCAUGAGUCGUCCUGGUAAAAAAAUCACGAGAAAGACCAUCCUCAUGAACAACAGGAUGAAGGAGCUCGAGCUCCAGGAACGCAGCAGCAAAAGUCUACUGGCAAACGUGCUGGACAUUGACGAUGACUUUCGUCAUGGAAACAGCGCAGCGAAUCCCGCGUCAGGAUACAUACGGUCGGCGUACAGUACGCCACUCUCAGGAAGACCAGCGACCGUCGAGGAGACUUCGGCGUCGCUACCCCUCAGCGGUACACAGAGAGAGCUCCAGACGAUUCUCAGGGAGCUACAGUUCAUCACCAGCCGUAUGAAGAAAUCUGACGAGGAAGCUGAAGUGAUCAGCGACUGGAAAUUUGCGGCCAUGGUCGUCGAUAGGUUUUGUCUGAUAGUCUUCACCCUCUUCACGUUAAUCGCAACGAUAGCCGUGCUCUGGUCUGCACCCCAUAUAAUCGUCCAGUAAUAGACUGCCCAGGCUCAGCCAUUAACAAAUUUUAAUGAAGACACCACCACUGCCUCUUCCUGGUCCUAGGUAAGACACUGACGAAGAAGAUCACCUUACUCGCGAUGUCAAGUGCACUACGCUAAACGUAGAUGAAUCUGUAGGAUAUUUCAUGUGACGAAAAAGAAAAAAGGAUUGAGCGACAGAAAAGAAAAGAAAAAAAAAAAACCGUUCGGAGGACAUAAAAGGAACGUGUAUCUCCCAAUCGUGUAUGUAAUUGUCAAUGUGAGCCAUAAGGUUCAGGGCGAAUUCCCAAAAGUAUCAUUGGAAAAGUCGUAGCCAGAGGGACCCGAUGGGAGGGGAUUCUUCCAGCGGGAACGUAGACAAUUAUUCUUCAGGAAUGAAUGUCUGUGUCAGGACGAGGUAGCAGCUGUGGAAACGGUACGCGAAGAAAACAAGGACGAAUUUCGAUCUGGAAGCCUCGGCUGAAUUUGGACGUCAUUCGACUCGAGUCCUGCAGCGUGUAUAUUUUGUAUAUAUAUAUAUAUAUAUAUAUAUUAUGUACGGGUACAUACAUAUAUAUGUAUAUACUGUAUCAAGUUCAAGGAUACAGUUAUGAAAUCUUCGUG